CUGAAGGGCCAGGUGCUUUAUUGGGUGAAAGCCGUCAUUACCAACAAGACGCUGAGGGAAAAGGCAAUUCUGUUAGGCAAGUCGAGAAAUAAAAAUCACACAUCAUCCAGACACCCAUACUUUGGGAUGUCCAACUUCUCUCUUCGCUCCUCCCCAAGAACGAUCAAGGUUAUCUAAUAGACGAUGUUAUUGCAAUCAUCAUGGACCACCAAGAUCCUGCCGUGAAAUGUACCAGGGCGCUAUUCCUCUCCACCGCCUCAUUCGGCGUCAUAGUUGGCCUAAUCUCCCUCACCGUGCUCCUCGUCCUGGUAUUGACCACCAUCCUGCGCUUCCUCAUUAAAUCAUACCCACUACCCAGUAGUACUACGCCGUCCGAGGCAUCGACACCGCCGUCAUCCACCGAUCGCAAUGAACCACCUCCCUACUCCGAGCAGACCCCUUCGACCGCCGCCAAACAACGCUCGACAGCCGAAUCCUUCGUCCUUGGCACCUUCCUCUUACUCCCUCUCCUCGUCGCCCUCGUCACCCUCGCCCUAUGCAUCCAGAACAUCCGCUAUUGCCCUACUACCACCAGCACCGCCGCCGACGGCCCAAGUUUCGCAUCCGUCAUCUCCUGGAUCCUCUACAGCCUCCUGGCUCUGUACGCGAGCUCGGGUUUGGUCACGUGGGUGAUACUGCUGCGAAACCUUUGGCUGCACCCCGAUGACGCGGGGGCUCCGGCGCCGAUCCCGCAGGAUGUUGUUCCAUUGGUUUUGAUUGGUGCUGUGCUGCUUCCUCCUGUAAUGGUGGGACGCGGCUCGGUGGUCGGGGUGAGGUGGUUGCAGGCAAGGUUCUGUCCGGAUACUUUGAUAGAAGUGCCGGUGCAGAGUGUAGAGUUAGAUCAGAGGGGGCUUCUAGAUGGAGAUAAAUUACAUGGUAGCAGGAGUCCAGAGUAUUCUGAGCGUACACAAGGCAACGUAAAGUAGUGAUUGAGAAUUAAUACGAAUCACCACGGCAAAGAAGAAUGCUAGUCUAGCAGUACAUGGACAUGGAUGAUGCAGUAGGAAGCCCGAAGAAAAUUCAGACUAUUCCUCUUUAUUUUGAUUCAUCAUCCUAAGUUCCUAACAAUGGUUGAUUCUGGGCCAAUAAGACUUGGAACAAUGGUACUGAGCAUCUCUUAUCAUCCUCUGUUUAUAUAGAAAUACUUUAUACAUUAUACUUUAUGGUUGUUUAAAUUUCUCUAACUUGGUC